AGUUUCCUAAGAGCAGUCUGAAAUGGGAAAUCAGAAACUGUUAAUGAAUUUCUGGUGCUCUUGCAUUACAAUUUUUAGAAUUGUUUUGUUAGUUCCUUUUUUGGUGGGCUGUGUGUGUGUGUGUUGUUUUUGAGGCGAGCUUUUAAAUAGCCAAUGUUGGCCUUGAACUCACUAUGUAGCUGAAGCUGGCCUUGAACUCUUGAUGCUACAGCCCCCACCUUCCAAGUGCUAAGGUUACAGGUGUGUGCCACCACAUUGUGGUGGUAUAAAUAAAGUUGCCUGGGGUCACAGCUAUUAGAGCCAUAGCAAGUGCGUGGCAGUGGUGGCGUACGCCUUUAAGGACCUGGAGGGCGGUACAUACAGGCAGUGACGAGGCAGUCACAUGAUUGGGUUUUCAACCAAUGAGAAGCCAGAACAAGGAGACGAUAGAGACAGACACACAGGAAGUAGGGCUCUUUUUCGGAGAGCUCUCUGGGCUGAGGAGGAUCCCUGAAUCAGGAAGGGUGAGACUCUUGGCUCUGACCUCUUGGCUUUCUUCUCUGAAUCGGCUCUGUGUUUCUUGUUUGAUAAAACCGUUGGUUACAUCUACACUGAAUUACAUCUACAUUUGGCGCCCAACGUGACAAGAAUCCGUUAAAAACCGUUUAACUGCUGAGCUGGAUUCACACCUCGGACACUAGGUGGCUGUUUUGAAAUUCCCUCGGAUUUGUACUGUUCUACGAGGACUUAGUUAUCCAAUAUUUUAAAGGAAACUAUUUAAAAGAGAAAUUUUUUCCACAUUAAAAAAAAAAUGGGUUUUCUGUGUUCAUUAGAAGAAAAUUGGGCUUCGUUUGCAAUUUUAGAUAGUCUAACAAUGCAACAGCUAUAUGAGAAGAUUAAUGUUGAUAGAAUUAUGCAUUUUAUUACUAUAUUUAUUCUUAUUUUACUAUUUAAGAAGAUAGUCAAUUUAAGUGCCAGGGUGACAGCUUUAGAAAAACUUAAUACACCUGUAAAAACUCAGACAGAAGAAACUAACAGUGAAGUUGCUUCAAGAUUGGAUCAUAUGGUUACAGAAAGAAAGCCUGUUUUCACACAGUCACCCUUGGUUUGUCCAGUAACCAUACAGCAGUUGCCUGAUCAAAUGACUACACAAAAUAUUUGGGCUCCAAUCGAAAUGUUGGAUUUACGAAGGUUUAAGGAGGCAAUAGUAUCUUAUGGCAUGCAUUCCCCAUAUGUAAAGCAAAUGUUAAACUCUUGGUCAACAUAUAAUAGGAUUGUACCACAGGAUUGGCGGGAGCUGGCACAAGCUGUUCUGGAACCCAGGCUUCAGUGGCUAACUUGGUUCAAGGAUGAAGCUAAAAACAUAGAAAAACAGUGGAGGGAUAAAGGAAUACAAGUCUGCCAGGAUCAGCUUAUUGGAGAAGGUCAAUAUGCUUCAGCACCAGCACAAUGUUUAUAUGAUGUCCAAACCCUAAUUUUAUGUCGAACAGCAGCCUUGAAUGCAUGGGACAGAGUUGAGGAACCAGGAAAAAAAACUGAGUCAUUUACAAAGGUUGUACAAGGCCCAAAAGAAUCUUUCACAGAUUUUUUACAAAGACUGGCUUCAGCAGUAAAGAGAAUGGUCCCGGAUUCAGAAGCUGAAGUUGCUGAACGUGCCCAAAGGGAGCCUUCUCUCAAGACAAAGUGGUGGCUGCUGGGUCUGGUGGCCGCCCUUGCCAUCGGAUUAUUUUGGUUCUUUCAUACUCCUGCGGUAGAAACCACUGCCGUGCAAGAAUUCCAGAACCAGAUGAGACAACUUCAGUCUAAGUACCAGAGUCAGGAUGAGAAGCUGUGGAAAAGAGGCACAACCUUCCUCGAGAGACAUCUCAACAGCUCGCUCCCUCGGCCCCAGCCUGCCAUCCUUCUGCUCACGGCAGCCCAAGAUGCCGAAGAGGUGCUCAAGUGCCUGAGUGAGCAGAUCGCCGACGCCUAUUCUUCCUUCCGCAGUGUCCGAGCCAUCCGCAUUGACGGGGCAGGGAAAGCCGCUCAAGACAGCGACCGCGUCAAACAGGAAGUAGAUCAAGAACUGAGUGAUGGGUUUAGAAACGGCCAGAACGCAGCUGUGGUACACCGCUUCGAGUCGCUGCCUGCAGGCUCAACCUUGAUCUUCUAUAAGUACUGUGACCACGAAAACGCAGCCUUCAAAGACGUAGCCCUGGUCCUGACAGUACUGUUGGAGGAGAAGACCCUGGCAGCCAGUCUGGGCCUAAAGGAGAUUGAAGAGAAAGUGAGGGAUUUCCUCAAAGUCAAGUUCACCAACUCUGACACGGCCAGCUCCUACAACCACAUGGACCCAGACAAGCUGAAUGGGCUCUGGAGCCGCAUUUCUCACCUGGUGCUGCCCGUGCAGCCCGAAAACGCCCUGAAAGGGGGCAGCUGCCUGUGAGGGGAGAAGCGGAAAUCCCGUCUCGAGUUCUGAGCAGUGUUCAGACUUUGUAAUCAGAGACGGAAUUUGGAGCAGUUUUUGAAAACUGGUUUCUUUUUAAAGGAAGUUCAUACAUAAAAGUGGAAUACCUAAAUCAUUUAUGUAGCCUGAUUAUCUGUGAUUUUAGAGAAUCGUUUCUCUGUUUCCACUGAGAACUAUAUUAAGGGUGUUUAGCAUGGCCUAAAGUAUAUGCACUUCCCUGAGAAUCUGCUUUGAUUCUGCCUGAAUCAUUCUUGCUGUGGUGUGACCAGAGAGAAGGACUAGGUUCCUUUCUCAAAAUCAGCUUUAGUUUUAACUUUGGAUUUGUUUGUUUGUUUGUUUGUGACCUUAUUAGUCUGACAGCUCUCCAGUUGUAGCUGUGGGUUUCCCCGUUACCUUUCCUUUCCUACCAGUUAAGUGUGUGGUCCUCAGCUUCUGCCUGUAAAAGACGAAAGUCGUGAAAGAUCACCUGGGUGUGCAGUUUGCCCCCCAACCCCAAACUGCGCGCGCGCACGCACACACACACACACACACACACACACACACACACACACACACACACCAGCUUUUAGAGGUGAAGGGGGUUUGGGAGGUGGAAAGGGAAGAGAAACUGUCGAAUGGAGAAGGAAAAGGAAGGGGAAAAAUAGCUGCAAGCUGGGCAUGUCAAGACAUGCCUGUAAUCUCAGUCAGGAGAGUCAGAGGUUCAAGGCCAACCUCAUCUACAUAGUGAGUUUUCUGCCACCCUGGGCUACAUGAGACACUGUCUUAAAAAAAAAAAAAAGUUUUCGAGAUCCAGGAAAGGCGCAAAGCUACACAGAGAAACCCUGUCUCGAAAAACCAAAAAAAAUUUCAAAAUGAGAUGUUACUUUAAAAAAAAAAAACAUGAAAGUAACAAAAAGCCUCUGAGAGGUGGGUUACUCACACAUGUCUAGGAUGUUACCUUGGUGAGCUGUUACAAUUUGCUUUUUUAUACUUCGUUUGCCCACUUGGAGAAGUUCUUGGUAUGAGUUCAAAGCUUAGUGGUAGAGCAUUUGCACAGCUUGUCCCUUACCCUGGGUUCAACACCCAGCAUUCCACACACCUGUAAUGUCAGCACUUGACAAACUGAGGUGUUAGCAUCUGGUGUCCAAAGCCAGUCAGAGUGUAUGUAUCAUAUCAGACCCUAUCUCAAGCCCACUCCCCAGUAAAAGGGAAUUCCAUGGCCCUCCCAAGAUUUUAAAGCAGGUAUGUUAUACAGUUCUUUUCCUUAUUUGACACUUAACAAUUUUAAAGGUAGGUAAAUUCAAAGCAGUCUCUUUGGUUAUAACCUGACAGUUUUUGUCUUAAAGAAAUGCAGUUUCCAGUACAUCCUCAACUUGAUGGUUCGGAAUUUUUUUUUUUUAAAUUUUUUCUUUUUUUGCUUUUUGCCAAUAACAGGGAUUGAACCUAAGGCCCAACCCUGCCCAUCAAGCACUCUGCCACUGAACUACAUCCCCCAGCAGUAGAAAUACAUUUCAAAGUCAGGUGUCUUGUGUCCGUAAUUCCAGCACUUGGGAAGCUGAAGCAGGAGGAUUGCUGUGAAUUCUUGGCCAUCACUAGCUAUAUAGCGAGUUUCAAGCCAGCCUUCAUGGGCUGCAGAAUGAAAUACUGUCUUACCACGCUCCCCCAACACACACACACACACACACACACACACAUACACACACACACACACACAGAGGCACCUUCAGACUUUGGUGCCCAGCUCCCUGCUGGGCUGUUGAAGAGGACCCUGUUUUGUGCUUGCACGUGUGUGCUUUGAGCCCUUGACUAGCACGCCAUAACAAAUACGAAAAUCUACUCUGCACGUGCUCAGUUUUAUUGAGUGCCUCAAGCCAAGAAGAGUAAACCGGACCACCCUCGAAGAACGCCGGACCACCCUCGAAGAACGCCGGACCUACGUCUCUGCUGUUACAGUCAGUAUUUCAGGUUCUUUGCACUUAGAACUCGGCUUUCUUGUCUGCCAGCUGCCCUCUUGUCUUCAACUCUUACAGCUCUAGAUCUGAGUUCUAGAUGAGAAUUCUACUUUAGAGUCCCAGUCAACCUUUCUUUACCCCCUGGAGGUCUCGUGGUGGGUGGGAGAAAGUGGUCUCACUUCUUUCCAGGGAGACUAGCAACAUGUGUACCUUUAUUAUAAUCUGUUCCUGUCAGAAGUCAGACAACAGGUUUAUUUUAUAAAGAAUUAUAAAAGAAAAAGUUUUGAAAAGUCUUUAUUUUUUACAUACAUAUCAUAUGGAAAAAGAAGUGUUUUAUUAAAUGUUCCACUGACUUAAAUAAUUUUCAAGUGAUAUGUUGCUUAUACGUUUCAGGAAAAAAAAAUUGUAGCAGCUAAUGUGUAAAUAACUUUAAAAGCUAUUUUAGUAAUAUUUAAAUAAAUUUACUUUUUGGGUUUGUA